GGCCCAUUAGUUGCGCCCGUUAGUUUGAUCCCAAAUUGCACCUCCCAGGUAAUCUCUCUUCCUAAUUUUCCCUAGAACCAAAAACUAGCAUUGGCGUACCUAGCCCCUACUUAAGACCAACAGUCCCAUCGCAUUUCCUUACAUCCCCGUUCCAUCGAUCUCGACUCUUCCCUUCGCCACUUCAAAAACCUCCAAAAAUGGCGAAACACCGAAACAGAACUCCAGAAGAAGAAAAACAAGCAGCGAAUGGAGCUUCAUCUAAGGGCAAAAGGAAAUUAGUAGAAGAAGAAGAUGGUUCCAAAUCCCAGUCCGAACCCGAAGAUGGCUCGAGAGGAUCCGAAGAAGAAGGCGCUCGAAGUAGAAGUAGUAAGAAGAGAAGUAGAAGCUCGAAGAGAAAAUCCCGAAGCAAAUACAGCGAUGAUGACAAUGAUUCGUAUUCGUCUUCCUCUGGCGAUGAUUAUUCGGAUUCGGAUUCAGAGAGUUCGGAGUAUUCGUCGGAGGAGAGUGAGAGCGAGGAGGAGAGGAAGCGGAGGAAGAGGAGGGAGAGGAGGAGGAGAGAGGAGAGAGAGAGGGCGAGCCGGCGGAAGCGGAAGAGAGAGAAAGAGAAAGAGAGAGAGAAGAAGAGGAGGAGGAAGAAGGAGGUAGGAGAAGAGAAAAAGAAGAAGAAAAAGAAGGAUAAGAAGAGAGAGAAAGAUAAGGGCAAGAAGGGCGCCGUCACGGAUUCUUGGGGGAAGUACGGGAUUAUCAGAGAGACUGAUAUGUGGAAUAAACGACCAGAAUUCACUGCAUGGCUAGCAGAAGUGAAACAGGUGAACCUGGAAAGUUUGCGGAACUUGGAAGAGAAGCAGAUGUUCAAACAAUUUAUGGAGGACCAUAACACUGGAACAUUCCCUUCUAAAAAAUAUUAUGACCUGGAUGCUUAUCACAGACGUAAAAUCGAAAAGAGUAUAAAAAAAGGCUUCAAACAGGUUCUGGAGAAGGAACGUACUGUAUUUAACGAUGAAGAACAGCGUAGGCAAGAACUGCUGCAAGAACGUGAAAAACACAAGGAAGAACAGGUGGAAGUAUUAAAGCGCUCUAUGCAGAGUGGAAUGGCUCAAGCAAUGAAAGAGCAAGCUCUGCUCAGGGAAGAGAUGGCUUUACAAUACAAGCUUGGCAACUUUGAGGCUGCAGCUGCUAUUCAAAGAAGAUUGGAUCCUGAUGUUGCUAUGUGAAGAGGAUUUGUUGGUUUUUGGGAUCAAAACUGGUCAACUUUGAUGUAUUGUAUGUGGAGUAGAUAAGGUGCAUAUGGAUCUCAACGCGCUCCCCUCUUCUAGAGUCACUUGUUUCUUCUUUUGUGAGAAUGAUGUGUCGCAUCCUCCGUAUGUCUGGUUUAACGUCAAUUUGACUCGAUUGCUCAUGCUCACUUUUGUAGAUCUUAUAAGGUUUGUAUGAUGUACUUGCUUCUGCAUUCAUCAUUAAUGGGUGUUUGAGCUUAUCAGAUGAGAAACCAACAGGCAUUACAUUA